AUGGCGACAGCGAGAUUCUUUCACCUGAAAGCGGCGAUCAGCCUGCGCGGAUGGACAUCGUCGCCUCAGCCGUCGGGACUUCUUCACCUUCGAAACGGAGCCGUUCGAACGUUUUCCUCCGCCAUGUCUCCGCCGUCAAAGGCCAUCGUCUACCACGAGCAGGGCCCUCCCGACUCCGUCUGCAAAGUGAAAGAACUGCCGCCGCUGCCGAUUAAAGACGGAGACGUUUGCGUCAGGAUGCUUGCUGCUCCAAUUAAUCCAUCUGACAUUAAUCGAAUCGAAGGAGUAUAUCCGGUGAGGCCGCCAGUUCCUGCUAUUGGUGGAUAUGAAGGGGUGGGAGAGGUACAUUCUGUAGGCUCUGCAGUUAAGGGGCUUAGUCCGGGUGAUUGGGUCAUCCCAUCUCCACCAUCUUCAGGUAGUACAUGGCAGACAUAUCUUGUCAAAGAGCAAAGCGUCUGGCAUAAAAUUGAUAAAAGCACACCAAUGGAAUAUGCUGCCACUAUAACUGUAAAUCCUUUGACUGCCCUUAGAAUGCUGGAGGACUUUGUUGAUCUAAAAUCAGGUGAUACUGUCGUUCAGAAUGGUGCCACAAGCAUUGUUGGGCAGUGUAUCGUUCAGCUUGCCCGGCUUCGGGGUGUUCACUCUAUUAACAUUAUCAGGGACAGGGAAGGGUCUGAUGAAGCAAAACAAAAGCUAAAGAAACUCGGUGCAGACGAAGUGUUCACUGAGAAACAACUGGAAGUCAAAAAUGUGAAAAGUCUUCUGGCUGAUAUACCAGAACCCAUAUUAGGAUUUAACUGUGUUGGUGGAAAUGCUGCUUCAUUGAUUCUUAAAUUCCUGAAGCAUGGUGGAACUAUGGUUACAUAUGGUGGAAUGUCCAAGAAACCUAUAAUUGUGUCCACUUCAUCUUUCAUAUUCAAGGAAUUAUCCUUGAGAGGAUUCUGGUUGCAAAAAUGGAUGAGUUCUGAGAAAGCAAAAGAGUGCUGGGAUAUGAUAGAUUACCUUUUAAGUCUGGCUCGUGAUGGUCAACUGAAAUAUGACAUGGACCUUUGCCCUUUUGAUGAGUUUCCCACUGCAUUGGACAAGGCUUUGGGAAAGCUGGGAAGCCAACCGAAACAGGUGAUUAAGUUCUAG